AUGGCGCCUCUGACCAUGAUACAUUUUGUGGAUGGCCGAGGAGACGGUCGUCCAAGUCGACAGGCGCGUUCACACGCGGCUAAGAUGGCGAGGCUCAAGAAGCGGGCUACUGUCGCCAGUGUCGAAUACGCUUUACAGCAGUUGGCAGCGACUCUUGCUGCUCCUUCUUCGCACUACGGAUAUAUGGAGGAUGCAGAGACGUCGAGGCAAGCAUACGCCAUUACGCCUACCGAGAGUGUAAUGUUGGGAGGUCUUGCGUCGCUGGCAAGUGCCGAAUCGGGAUCGGAAGAGGAGAAUAUUGCUGUUGCUGCUGUGGAACCAGCUUUCUCAGUACCUGAAGUACUUCCUGCGACGCUUGGUGCAUUGUCGCCAUCUUGCAUCGCGCCAGCUGCAUCGACGCAAACCAUUGAAUACAUGACCCAGGUGUUCUGGCCGCAAUUUCACAUGCAUGGAGACGACCAUCAAGCUCCCCUGCUGCAUGCAUACUGCGACAAAUCCUUGUUCUACCACUAUCUCAAUUAUGUCUCGGCGGUACAUCUGGCUGUCCUGUCGAAUCGCAUAACUCGUCCUGCCACCGUCAAGAGGCUGGUGCACUACCAAAGCGAAGUCAUCACACUGGUGCGCGACAACGUCAGCAAGUCCAUCUCCGCAGAAUGGGCUAUCAUCCUAGUGAUUGCGCUGGCUGCCAUGGACUACCAAGAGUGCUUGAUGCAGCCUGAAGUUGAGGAAUUGAUGUUUGUUCCUUACAUGCCUACUGCGGACUGGCUGAAUGUCUUUGGCCGCUUUCGUCCUCAUGCAUCACAUUUCGCUGGUAUGCAUGCGCUAGUCGACCGGGCUGGUGGCUUCAAUGCCCUGCCCUUGAACGGGUUGCGGGGAAGAGUGGCUUGGGCGGACCUUGUACAAGCUGCCAUGACUGGAUGUCGACCCAGCACACCCUGUAUCUGGAAAGAGACGACAUCGAUUACACCCCUACACAACCAGUCCGCUGCUGCCGUCGUCCUGGCAUUUGGCGAUGUACCUGGAAGCUUGCCUCGCGAAAUGCUCGAUGCCUUGCAACAGCUUGCUGCGCUUGACAUAUUAUUCUCCCGUACCGACUUCACAAAUGUGGACAAGAGGACGAUGUAUCAACUGAAGAUGCUCCGAAAUAUUGUUGAAUACGACAUGAUCUGUCUCCGAUCCUGGAAAGAACUGUCGGAUGUCUCCCGCGAAUCAUCAUACUGCGCAGUCUACGAGAUUGUCCGCAUCGUCUCGCUGCUAUACUGCCAGGCUGUGAUCCUCGGCCUGCCACCACACAGUGGCUGGCAUCUGAAACUGCUGGAAGAACUUCGAGACGUCGUAGAACUUUCCAGAGUCUUGGAAUGGAGCACUGAGCAAGGUCAGGAUCUGCUCGUGUGGGCUCUGUGCAUCGCAGGCAUUGGGGCACUUGGCAGCAAGAUGGAGGCAUUCUGGCUGAACAUGUUCGGGCAAGCGAGGCGAUUGCGAAGUUUGCACGAUCGAUCGUCGAUACGCGAUGUCGCGAAGCAGUUCUUGUGGCAAGAUGCUGUUUGCGGCAAGGGACUCGAUAUGCUCUGUGCUCGACAGCUUGGUUGA